GACCGACGGGCAGGCGGGGGCUGCGGCGGCGCCGACGUCCCAUUGCCCCGGAACCCCCAGAGCGCUCCUCUGCUCCAGAUCCCCCCCUUCCUGCUGCAUCUUCUCUUCAACAUCUCCUUAUCCCCAUCACCCUCGUGCUUCUUUGACCCCUGAGAUACCCCCAUUCUCCUUCCAUUUCUCAUCCUCCUAUGCCCCCAAUUCUCCUCUAACGCCCGCAGACACCCCCUCUUCCGCUUUCCCUCAUUUCCCUCCACUCCUCCAUACCCUUACCCAAUUAACAUCAACUCCAUGGCCUGGCACUUUGCGCCGCGCCGGGCACAAGAUGAGCGCUCAGCCGGUGUCAUCUAUUAUUAGGCACUCUGACGGACCCCCGCUGCCCGUCGCCUCCGUCCGCCCUCCGCCCCCACCCCUAUCCCCGGGGACAUAGGAGACGGUAUCGGGGCGGCCGGGGUGGGGCGGGCGGCGCGGGGCCGCUGAACCCCUGCCAGCGCCGUGCGCCCUGUGCCCGCAGCGCCGGCGCCCCCCAUGCGCCAGGCGGCCGGACGGCGGCGUCGGGGGGCGCCAUGGCCUCGGCGGCGGCGGGCGAAGCGGAAGAGACCACCCGGCUGCGCAAGCCGCGCUUCUCGUUCGAAGAGAACCAGAUCCUGAUCCGUGAGGUGCGCGCCCACUACCCGCAGCUCUACGGCGCUCAGAGCCGUCGGGUGAGCGUGGCCGAGCGGCGGCGUGUGUGGGACGGCAUCGCCGCCAAGAUCAACGGCAUCACCAGCUGGAAGCGCACUGGCCAGGAGGUGCAGAAGCGCUGGAACGACUUCAAGCGCCGCACCAAGGAGAAGCUGGCGCGCGUGCCGCACUCCACACAGGGCACCGGGCCUGCCGCCGAGGACGCCUUCUCCGCCGAGGAGGAGACCAUUUUUGCCAUCCUGGGGCCGGGUGUGGCGGGGCCAGGAGCUGGUGCAGGGGCAGAGCAGCCCUCCGCGGCCGCCUCUUCACAGCCACCGGCUCCAAGCGCCUGCGCCCAACGCUGUGUGUUGUCUGAGGACCGCAGGGAGGACCGACGGGCAGAUACACCAGCCCACAGCAAGGGGGGCUCUAGCAGCCCGGAGCCUUGGGCCAGAGCCUCCUGCAAUCCUCAGGAAGGGGGCUGCCAGGCACCCAAGGAGCGUGAGUCCCCGCCCCCUCCGGCCCUGCAGACCAUCCAGCUGCCCCGCCUGGCCUUGUCUCCACCCCCCCCAGCCCCUCCGCUGCCACCACCCCCCGAGCCACCGCAGCAGGUCCAAGUGGCACCCUCGCCCUCCAGCUCUCCCUCCCCUCCACUGCCUCCACCCUCGGCCCCAGACCCCUCCCUGGACUUCCUGCGGGCCCAGCAGGAGACUGCCAACGCCAUCCGGGAGCUGGCGGGCACCCUCCGCCAGGGACUGGCCCAACUGAGCGAGGCCCUCAGCGCCCUGCUGCCCCUUCUGCCCGGAAGCCCCGCUGACCCACUGCCCCCGCCCCCUCCCCCACCUCCACCGCCCAGGCCUGUCUUGUCCCCCCCCUCCCCCAAGGUGGAGGUCACCCCAGAGCCUGUGUCCGUGGUGGCUGCUGUCGUGGACGGGGCUGUGGUGGCAGCCAGGGGGGUGAUCAUUGCCCCUAGGAGCGAGGAGGGGGCCCCCCGGCCGCCCCCCGCCCCACUCCCUCCGCAUGACUCCCCGCCACACAAAAGGAGGAAAAGUUUCCCUACACGGAAGAGGCGGGGGCGGUGGAAAUCUCCGUGACAUCUGCUGUGGGGUUCAAGCUUGUCUCCCCCCAGCUUAGCCCAGUGGAGGAGGGCAACGCACUUUCCCCAUCCCAGCUGCACCCCGGCUCCCUGCUGCGGGGCACGAGCACCCCACUCCCUGUACUAGUUAGUGCCUGAUUCUGGGGGGCCUCCUUGCCCCAGGCCCCCCAGCCCUUUCCAGUACAGCGCUGUCUGCCUGGCUGCUUUCCUUAACCCUGACUUCUAAGCCAUGGAUUUUAUGUUAUUUAUUAUUGCCCUUCGUGGGUUGCGGAGGGAACCUGCACAUCCCCCCUCCCCUAACAAAACUCCUGGCCUUGACUUGAAGACCACUGACCCACUUCCCCUACCCAGACUUUGGAGGGGGUGGGAGUUUCAAGACAAGUCAGAAUAUGGAUGAAGAGGCUACCACGGUCUGUACCCUAGGGGCGGGUGGAGUUCUCACUGGUGUAGGUUGAGCCUUCUGCCUCCCGUUGCAGUCUCUGACCUCCAGAGCUCAACCCCCUCCGUGCUCCCCAGUGGUGACAAGAUAUCAAUAAACUUAUUUUUAAUAUAAUUA